CCCUGUUCCAUGAUGAUGCGGCCGAAAGAUUUGCGCCAGGGCUCCGGCACCAAGACCUUCCUGGACGCCAUGCGCGGGGGCAAAGUUCACCUGGCGCGCUUCAUCCUGGACGCCUUGGACGGGCGCAUCAUCAACUCGAAGACGGAAAACAGCCGCACGCCGCUCAUGCACGCGGUUUGCCUGCAAGACGCCGGCGCCAGGGCCAAGUUCACCCGGCUGCUGCUGGAGAAAGGCGCCGACGUCAACUGCCAGGACGAGGACGGGCGGACGGCCCUCAGCCACGCCUGCGAGAUGGGCCACCUGGACGCGGUGAAGAUUCUGGUGCCGUUCAAUGCCGACCCGGAGGUCUUUGACACCUGGGGCAACAGCGCGCUGAUGUACGCUGCCUUUUCCGGGCACAACCAGGUUCUGGAGUUCCUGGUCCGGUCUUUCAAAAGACUGGGACUGAGGCUGGACAGGACCAACAACGCCGGCCAUUCCGCCGUGGAGGUGGCCGACUUCUUUGGACACAACCAGUGUGUGCAGAUCCUGAGCUUGGCGUGCAGGAGGGGCGCGGGCGCGGACAACCCACCUGUCGAUCCAGGCACCAACGGCGAAGGAGAGCGCCGGCUGCCCAACAGGCUCCCCAGGCAAGUUCUGGAGAGGUUCUCCAAGCAGCUGGAUAACAACGGGGACCAGCUGCCCGGGGUGUUUCAGAGGCAGCUGAAGAUCGGAGACGGCGCCGGUCUUUGGAACCGUUUCCGAAGCCCGUCUCAGGACGACGAAAGCAAGGCCGAGGGGGGCCGCGGCGUUCUGUUCUCCGCCAAGCAACUGCAAAACUGCCAGCUCGGAGAGCCGAGAGCCAAAACGGUGAACUCUGUGGCCGAGCCGGGACGCCGGGACGCCGGCAGCCGGGACGCCGGCAGCCGUGACGCCGGCAGCCGGGAGCGAACCCCAGUGAGCUUUCCCCUCUGUGGAAAAGCCAAGUCGUUCAGCCUGGACAUGGUGAGCGGCAGGAAGCAGUCCUACCAGGGCGACAUCAAGCUGUCAGCCGGCAAACUAAAGAGAGCCUCGCUGCAGGACGAGAGAUGCCUGACGGACCGGACGGAGGCGCGGCGCGGCGACGCGGCAGAUGCCGCCGACGACAAGAGGCCGGCCGGAGAGAGCGUGGCGUCGCAGAGGGAAGGGGCCGGAGCCUGGGCCGCGGCGGGCAGGCGAGGGCAGCAGAAGAGGGGAAGCCCGGCGGCGAGCGGCGGACACAGCAAGCCGCUGUUGGCCAGAGGCGGGGCGCAGGCCGGGUGGGGGCUGGCGGGACUCGGGGCCCGGCUGCGGCGCCGGUUCACCGCCCCGGAGUUCGCGAGGCCGGCGACGGACCGCUCGGCGGGCGGGCGAGGGCGGAUCUCCCGCUCGGAGACCUUCCCCCUCUCGCACGCGCGGCGGCGGCGGGUCAACAGCCAGCCGAGCAUCGACAGCAUCAGCGGCGUGAGGUGUGAGUUCGAGAGCUGCUCGUCUCAGUCGCCCCGCGACUUUGAAAUGAUUUUUAAAUAAAUAAAUAAAAUACUACUGAAAAUAUUUAUGUUAAUUAAUAUAUAAAUAUAUACACAUUCAUUUGAUUUAUGUUGAAUGGAAUUAAAUGUAUUUGAUAUUGCUUGCAUUUAUAUGAAGUAUUUUGCUUAAACAUAUUCCUCUGAAAACCCAAUAAACGACAGAGCGAAACAACUUGGGAGUCUGUGAGUGAGGGAAAAACGCGUGACCAAGUGAGUUCCAAUUCAAUAUGCCUCAUUUAUUGAUUUAUACAAAAUUAAAAGGUAUAAUUCUCUUUUUUCGCGACUGAUCCGCACAGAGAUAGAAACACAUGAAACACGUGGACAAUGUAUCCGUGUCAGAAUACAAAGAUUAUGUGCAAAGUGUUUGUGAGCAGGUGGACGUCCUGCAGCAUCAUGUGUGCUUUUAUCUACGCACGCGACUUCCUGGAGGAGCAACACACGCACGUGCGCGCACACGCACACACACACACACACACACACACACACACACACACACGUGUGUGUUUUUUUAAAAAGUCCAACACAUUACAAAGAGGGUCGCAUCAAACACUGAGAUUCCGCCUUCACACGCACCCGUGUGCUCAUCACACACACACACGCGCGCGCGCACAUGCACGCGCACAUACAAAUAUACACACUCACGUUUUCUAAGUAAAGAAAAGUAAAAUUUUAAAUUCAUCUCAUAUAUUUACUGCAGUAGAAGAUCCGCAACGAGGUGCAAACGACCUGAUAUUCAGGAUUUUUAUUUACAUUAUUAAUUUCUCUGCGUACGUUUCAAGUCCAUACUUAAUAAUGAAACCUUAUUUGCAAUUCACAGCAUACAAACAACCCACGACACCUUUUAGAAAUAAAUAAUAGAUAUGAAAAAGAGGAAUAUGAUUCUGGUGAUGCUCCAAUAGCCCAAUAGUAGCAGCUGGGCUUAAAUCUACCCAUUUAUCAUGUUAAUAAUGGAGAAUUGUCUUUCAUUUCCCAGUCCGGUACAUAUUUGAGCAUUCACAUCAGGCCAGGUGUGCCUCUAUUUGGCCAUGCAAAUAGUCUACGGUCAGUGUUUGUAACGUGUACCGACAACGCUGUUUGUCCUAGUUCUACAACAGAGAGUGUGAGUGUGCAGAGGUAACUUCAUUCUUCUUUGAUAAUGUCACAAUGACCUACCGUGACCUAGCGGCGGCGUCAUUUUACGCUGCUGGCAAUAAUGCCCACUGUGAACACUAGAAAAGAUCUCUAGAGUAGCACAUGUUCAUUUCGUGUACUUACACGGAGCAUUGAUUUGGGCUCUCAGUUGAUAUGCACCAUGUUGUGUGCAGCAGGAAGCCAAACAAUGUUCGUGGGUCGAGAGGUGAGGAACUGCAUGCUGCCUUUAACUCGCUCCUAAAGUGCUUCUCUCAUGCCUGAGACCAUGCGGUGUGUGUGUGUGUGUGUCCCC